AUAUUGAUUUUUAGAGCUUGAAUUCAACUUAAUGAGAUAUUCAAAAGUAUUUGAAACUCGGACUUUUAACUCUAAUUAUGAGUUUAUAAUCUUAAAUUGAGUCGAUUUUGAACAAUUUUCAAAUUGAAUUGCAUGGGUAUAUGGGAGUCAGAUUUGAGUUUUAAGGGUAGUUCUCAAUUCUCAUGGAAGUUCUAAGAUUGAUUCAUGGGCAGCUUGUACCAAAAAAAAAACCAACUUUUUAUAACCAUCGCUUCUGUCAAAAGAGUUGAAUGCAAGGUGGUGACCAACUUGAGGAAUAAUCAGUUAAUUAUAGCAACAUUCAUCUAUAAUAAGCAAGAGAGAGUUGGACUACUUCCUAAACCUGUUCAACCAUAAUAACUAAUUUAUUACAUUAGUCAAAUUAAAUGAAAGCUAAAAAUCAACAGAAACCUAAAAUAAGCAAUAAGCAUUGAGCCAAUUCAGGUACCAGUUAACCAAAAAUAACAAAUUUUUUUUACCAGACAAAACUACUUUCAGUUGACAGUUGGACCUGCACCUUCUAAAAAAGCCAUGUUGUUAUGCUAAUAACAAAAGAAGCAAUGGAGGAGAGAAAAGAAAAGGAAAAAGAAAAAGGAGAGAUGAAUUCAGGGCCAACAUGGGCUGACCAAUGGGACAAUCAGAAUCCAGACCCUCCACCGCAGACAGAGUCUGAGACAGACAAGAAGAAAGAGAAGGAUGGAAGCAAGAACACCUUGGGGAAGAAGUUACUGAGCCUCAGAUGGAUGAAAGAGCUGAAGAAGAAAUCUCAGAAAGGGGAGGGAAAAUAAACACCAGUAUGCAUCAAUGGAUCCUCUGGAGAAUCCAUUAGUUUUUAUUACAGUUUUCUUUCUUUGUAAUCUUGGAUCCCUUGACGUUUUCAACGCUCUUGUCCUUUUGUUGUUCAUCUUUCAUUUAUUAAUUUCUAUAUGAUUUCAUGGAUUUUCUUUUUUGUAAUCCGAGUAGUACAGUUGCAAAGCAUGAGUUGCUGUGUCUGUAACUCGGUAAAUACUUACUUAAAUCUGAUCUACGUGGACAG